AUCUGUUUUUCUCUACAUUAACAUAUCUUUCUCACACUUAUCAUCAACAAAUGGCUGAACGUUCACAGCCACACCAAGUUCAAGUGCACCCACAACACCGCUAUGAAGCUGCCUUCAAAGGUCAACAAAAAGGUCCAUCAGCUCAGAAAGUGUUAGCUGUGAUCACCCUCCUGCCGGUAGGCGGUGGGCUUCUUGCACUAGCUGGUAUAACCUUAGUAGGUACCCUAAUCGGCCUAGCUAUUACUACCCCUCUUUUUGUCAUCUUUAGCCCUGUUCUUGUCCCAGCUGCAUUAGUUAUUGGCCUUUCGGUCAUGGCAUUUUUGGCUUCCGGGGCUAUGGGGCUCACAGGGUUGUCAUCACUCUCGUGGGUUCUGAAAUACCUCCAGGAGGUCACUCGGCGAAUGCCGGAGCAGCUGGAUAUAGCUAAGAAGCGUAUGCAAGACAUGGCUGGUUUUGUGGGACAGAAGACCAAGGAAGUAGGCCAAGAAAUCCAGAGGAAAGCACAUGAAGGGAAAUAAGUAGAGAGAAAUGCUGUUGGUUAUUAAGGGUUGAAGUCAGAGAGCUGGGUUUUGGUACGAGACUACUUUUGUUGUAUGGGUGUUGUUUUGAGGUAGUUGAGUUGGUUUAUGGGGGAUCUUCUUUGUUGCAUUUGUAUUUCUCUUUUUGGUCUUUUGGGUUCCAUUGU